AUGUUUGAUUAAUAAAUUAAAUCUCUCCAAUGUGCAGCAUUAGAAACACAAGCCUAUUAUGAUGUGUAUUGGCAAAUACCUUAAAAGUAAGCUGCUGCCUAUAAUAUGCUUCUCGAUAAAUUCUAGAGCCUUAAUACACAUAUUUAAGCUGAUUUCAAUUAGAUUCAACUGCAUCCAUAAAUAAUGGAGAUCUUAAACUAUUUCAAUCAAACUUAAACAUCUGUUAUUCCAAAAAUAAAAGAGACUACUCAAGUUCUAUUUUUAAGCCCACCUUCAGAAGAUCCUAAAUAACAUUACAUUAAAUCUAUUGAAAGAUUGUGGUCUCUAUUAUUAAAUAAGAACCUUUAAGAAGAUUUGUGUUAUUUUGAGGCUGAAAAGCAAGUAUUUUAGAAUCUGAAUAACUUUUUGUAAUGUAAAGGCUUAAAACAAGUGUUCUUAGAACCUUGUACAAUUCCUGUUCUUAACAACUACCCCAAAUGGUUUAGUCAAAGGUUAAUUAAAAUACUUCAAUCGUAUUAAGGAGGAUACCUACAAAUUGCAGAUAUUGAUUAUCUUGCAGAACUUCAGAUUAUAUUCAUUCACUAAAACUUGAAAAACAAAUUUUCUUAGUUAAAAUUAAAAAAUAGCAAUAGAAGUAAAAAUGAACCAAAUACACAGUCACAAUCUAACGGACCUAAUGCUCGUGAUUCUGAAUUGGAUAUUCAGUAAACUUAAUCUCAAUAGAUAUUCUUAUCAGCAUAAUCCAAGCAUAGGACUAAAAACCCUCUUGUUUCAAAUUGGUUUCAUUUCAAGACCUACUCAAAUCUCAGAUCCAAAGAUACUCGCGCUUUAAUAAGGAAUCAUAAAGCAAUAUCAAGUUCUUAAGUAGAUUUACAGACUCCCUUUAGUCCUUAAAAGUAGAGUCCCUUUAAUUUAAAGGCUAAUGUAAAUCGCAGAUGGUUUGAGCAUUAUUAUUAAAAAUGA